CCCCAAAAAAGAACUCUCUCUAAUCGAAUCGGUGACUCCACGACGCCCCCCGCUCGGCGCUCGCUGCUCUCUCCCCCUUUCCCUCUGUCUCGGCGCCGUCGCGGCCAUCGAUCGACCUCGAAGGAGGCGCGGCCUGCAGCCUCCACCUUCGCUCAGUCAAGUUUCUAAAACAAACACAUGUCCAAGGCACGCAACGCCUUAGUUGUCACUGGCUUGGUAAUAUUUGCUGGCUCUGGCCUAGCAUUUCCCUUCUACUUUGUGAAAUCAAAGAACAGGCCUAUUAUCGACUCAACGAAGCCUCUGCCACCGCAGGCUACUUUCCGAGGACCAUAUGUGAACACUGGAUCGCGCGACAUAGGGCCUGAUCACACCGAGUACCCCAAGAAGUGAUAUGUAUUUUCAUCUUGUUUUCUCUUUGUUUUUCAACGGGCAUGCAGAAAGCCAGUGAGUGGAAACCUGUAAUGUUGAUAACCGGCUCGUGAUGUGCUGAACACAUGCAUCUGUGCGUAGUUCUUCAUCAACUGUAAGCGCUUUUGAUCAUUUCUUGUGCUCCACUGACUACUCCUUGCAAAGCGCUAUGCCGCUGUACCUUUUUUAGGCAAUAAUAAGGAAAUAAAAUGUCAAAGCUACUCA